UAAAAGAAGUUAGUGUGGAAACGAUCCAAGGAAAAAGUAUAGGGCUGAGGUUCCAGCGACAGGAAGGUCAUUAGAACUUCUCAUUUUUCCCUCAGAAAAAACACAAAUAAUCUCGAAUACUAUUCAAACCAAAGCACUCUGAUUUUCACAUGCCUACUCCGGCUUUUCCACCCUUCAGCAAUUGGAGAGGACUGGAACCAGAUGAUUCGCGUUGCACAGAGUACUGGGAAAUGUAGUCAUUUUAAUUCAGAAACUCAAAGUCGUGAAACGCUUAGACAUGUCUGAAUGGAGGAUUCUUGCCGUAACGUCCCGCCUCUACUUCGAGUGACGGCUGGGUUAGCCAAUCAACAGUUGCCUUUCAGGGAACCCUUAUUUGUAGAAUUUAGUGAUCGACGUUUACGCUCCCGCGAGAAUAAAAGAGGGGCCUCAAAGAGAUCAGUAUGAAGGGCUUAUAUUGGCAGCAGAAUUCUGAAGAAGGAAGAGAUUUCAUCUUUCUGGAAAAGGAUACCCUUCCUGUUGUGAGUGACAACUAUGUGAAAGUGCAUGUUAAAGCCUGUGCUCUUAGCUGGAUUGAUAAAAAGCUUUUGUCAGAAAUAAAAAAAGAGAAGAACUUUUUACCUGUUGGAAGGGAAAUUGCUGGUGUUGUGUUGGAAAUUGGAAAUAAAGUGUCUUCCUUUAAGCCUCAAGAUGAGGUAGUGGGAAUUUUGCCAUUGGACUCAGAAGAAUCUGGGCUGUGUGAAGAGAUUCUAGUUAAUGAGCAUUAUUUAGUUCACAAACCUGAAAAAAUCUCCUGGAUUGAAUCAGCUGGGACCAUCCGUGAUGGUGUUCGUGCAUAUACAGCUCUACAUUAUCUGUCCUAUGUUUCUGCUGGAAAAAGCGUGUUGGUAAUGGAUGGUGCAAGCCCAUUUGGUACAAUAGCUAUUCAGUUAGCACAACACAGAGGAGCCAAAGUGAUUUCUACUGUGUAUAAUCUUGAAGACAAGCAGUAUCUUGAGAGGCUUGUACCUUCUGUAGUUCGGAUUAUAGAUGACUCGAAUGGAAAAUAUGACCUGACAGAAAGUUGUUUAGAGGAAACAGGUGGAUUGGGAGUGGAUAUCAUCAUUGAUGCAGGAGUGCGACUGCAUAAUAAGGACAAUGAAGCAACUUCUCAACAAUUGCUACCACACAAGCAUGACAUCAUUACGUUACUCAGUGUUGGAGGCCACUGGGUUACAACUGAAAAAAAUCUUCAGUUGGAUCCUCCAGAUUGUCGAUACCUUUUCCUGAAAGGUGCUUCAGUUUCUUUUCUGAAUGAUGAAAUUUGGAAUUUGUCAAAUAUGCAACAAGGAAAAUAUCUAUGCAUUUUGGAAGAUGUAAUGGAAAAGUUAUCAAGUGGAGUUUUCAGACCUCAUUUGGACAAACCAGUACCAUUAUAUGAAGCUAAAGUUUCUAUGGAAUUAGUUCAGAAGAAUCAAGCAAGAAAAAAACAAAUUAUCCAGCUAUGAAGUUUCUAAGGCAACUUGAAGUGUAAAAAUGUGAACUUAAUGUAUUCUGCAUAUUUGUUAAAUAUUUAUCAAUUACCUUCAGCUAAUAUUUUAAUUAACUACUGAAAAUUAUGUAGAAGGUUUGUGCGAGAAAAUGAAAUUUCUGGUCAUAGCUUUAACUCUCCUAUCAUAUCUGAAACAGUUCUUAACAUUAAUAACUAUAGAUUGACUCCCUUAUAAUCUUAGAUCUAACUCAUGUGGCUAAAAACCAUAGGACUUACCUUUGACAAUUAUGUACUAUUUGGGGGGGAGGGGUGCCUGAGUGCUCAAUCAGAUGAAGAAGGGGGAACCUAUUACUGGUUUUUUAUGGUCUCACUGAAAGCUGCAUGUUUGAUCCAAGCUUAGACAAAGCAUGAAAUCUGUAGGACAAGUUUACUAUGAAUCUAAGUCACAAGUCAGGAUUUUUUGAAAAACAUCCUAGUCUACCUGUUACCUCUUUUUAAUUUGUUGAUUUUCGACUGGCUGAGUGUUUUCUUUAAUAUUUCAUUAGCAGUCCAUUAAUGGGAAACUAUGAGAAA